ACCAAAUACACUUUCAAGUGCAGGAGUGUUCCAUCUAUAGGAACUUUCCACACCAGCUAUGGACUUGUCUCUCCCAUUCCAAGCCAUUGCUGGCCUCAUUGCACUAGCCUUUCUAUACAACCUUUGUAGAUCAACUACAAAGAGCAAGACGAGCAACAACAAACACGCGCCUGAACCCUCAGGUGCAUGGCCCAUCUUAGGCCAUCUCCUCAUGCUAGGGGGCCAUGAGUCACUAGCCCGAAAAUUUGGAGCCAUGGCCGAUAAGUACGGCCCAGCCUUCAUUCUCAGGCUCGGCUCACGGCCCACCUUGGUCAUAAACAGCUGGGAGCUAGCGAAGGAUUGCUUCACCUCGAACGACAAGGCCUUCGCUGGCCGCCCUGUGUUUGAGGUUGGGAUUCGCAUGGCUUACAAUAAUGCCAUGGUGGGGUUCGCACCCUACGGAACCUACUGGCGUGAAGUGCGAAAGCUGACCGUGCUUGAGCUCUUGUCGAGCCGCAGGCUCGACUCACUCAAGAGCAUACGUGCCACGGAGGUGCACGUGAUCAUGAAGGAUCUGUAUGGGCUCUGGGAGAAGAACGAUAAAAACCCAGUUAAAGUCGAGAUGAGCGAAAGGUUUGGUGAUAUCACGUUCAACGUGAUUGCCAUGAUGGUGAUCGGGAAGAGAUGUUUCAGCACUCAGAGCGAUGAUCGUGACCAUGGCGAGGCGGGCCGGUUCCGGCAGGCAAUCCAGGACUGGUUCCAUCUCUUUGGGGUGUUUGUGCCAUCUGAUUUGUUUCCUUUUCUCAAAUGGUGGGACUUGAAGGGAUACAAAAAGCAGAUGAAUAGGAUUUUCCAUGACUUGGAUUCUCUCCUUUCAACCUGGCUCACUGAGCAUCGUCAUAAGAAGUCUGGCGAGGCCAACGGUCACCAGGACUUCCUUGAUGUUUUAAUAUCAACGGUGGACGGUUUCCAGUUCUCAGAUUAUGACAAGGAUACAAUCAUCAAAGCGACUACUUUGACUGCAAUGACUGGUGGCUACGACACCACAUGGAUAACCUUGACAUGGACCCUCUCCUUACUUCUAAACCAUAGACAUGUGAUAAAGAAAGCCCAAGAUGAGAUGGACAACCAUGUCGGCCAGGAACGAAACGUCGAAGAAUCAGAUAUCAACAACUUGGUCUACCUUCAAGCCAUCAUCAAGGAAUCACUGCGCCUAUACCCUGCAGCACCGCUCUCCGGUCCACAUGAGGCUACAGAGGACUGCAACGUCGGCGGCUACCAUAUCCGUGCCGGCACACGCUUGUUGACUAACCUUUGGAAGAUACAUAGGGACCCCCGAGUGUGGUCGGACCCUGAUGAGUUCCAACCAGAGAGAUUUCUAACUAAGCACGCUGAGGUUGAUGGUAAGGGGAACUAUUUCGAGUACCUCCCUUUUGGAUCUGGACGCCGAAUGUGCCCAGGGGUUACAAUGGCUCUCCAAGUCCUGCAGUUGACGAUUGCCCGUUUGCUUCAUGGCUUUGAGCUAAGGACUCCAUUUGAUGCGCCUGUCGAUAUGACUGAGGGUUCAGGCCUGACUGUUCCCAAGGAGACUCCAUUGGAAGUCAUGUUGAGCCCACGACUCCCUUUGGAGCUUUACAAAUAGAAGUCAGAAAGUUUUACUCCUAUCUAUGUGAAGGGGCUUGGCUAGUUUUCUAGUUUUAUAUCUAAGUGAAUAAAAAGGGGUAGCAUAAUGAUGUUUGUCUACGUGAGAU